CUAAUAAGUCGUGACAAAUUUUCAAACAAACAGUUUUAUAUUCGUAAUUAUCAGUACAAAUAAAGAGGAUAUCGCUUUAUCACAGCCGUAGUACUCUCAGUUGAUCAGUCGUUACAAGAUGUAUCUCUUCGUCGCGUUGUUCCUUUGCAUCAGUAUUAGCAGCGGUGGCGCCACCUGCCAUGACAACCACUCCUGCAAGCUGAGGGAGCGUCUCGAGCGCUAUAACAAUCGCCACUUUGAAAAAGUGUUCGACAAAACCGCGCGCUUCACCAUCUCAGCGGACGAGGAGUGCCACCACAACUGCAAUAUCGAAACCGUUAACCAGAUACGUGAUAUAUACCAACCUGAUGGCUACUACUUGAUGUACAACUUACCAGAUUUCAACGAAGCAGAUUUCACCAUUAAGAUCAAACACCGUGUCAUCUACGUCAAUGGACAGCAAGAGAACGGCAUGAGUUUUAGAGAUGUUAGAACAUUACCACAGAUUAUAAAACCGUACGAUGGCUUUUGGCAUUUGGACUCUGGCGAUUUAGUUAUUAAGUUUAACUACAAAGGAGCGCUCGGUAGUGAGGUGGCGGCGGACUGUAAUGAAUAUCUUAAUGAUUCCAUUCAAACUUUACCGAGGUCGACUACAGGGACGUUGAGGUCCGGAGACACGUCCUGGAGGACUUACGUAACUGUGGACUGAAAUUCAAAGGAAAAUCAU